GAAUCCGACAGAAUCGUUGGAGACGCUGUAACGACUGCUCGGAAGUCGUCAUUUGUGGUGGUAGCAUCCGCAAUCGAAUUACCAUUUGUAGUAGUACCAUUCUUCUGUACUUGUGUAAUUAACAAGGACGGAUUCCGUGGUACCGAUGGUUUUUCUGAAAAAAAAUCGAUUUUCAAGGAUUUUCUCAAGAGAAUAGUCCCGCUGGCCUAA